GGCCGGGCCCCUGCGGCCGCCGGUCUGGGGGGGUCCUGAGCCCGAGAGGAGCGGGCAGGGGGGCUUUUGAGACUUGGCGGUCGACUCCGUGGCUGCAGCACUUUGGGAAGAAGCGGGAAGAAGCGGGUGUCCUAGAAAGGUGAGGGGGAUGAAAAUGCUCUAGAUAGAAUGAGAAGUCUGAAAUUCCAGUGAGAGUCUAGAAUGAAGAGACUCCAUCAUAGACUGACCAGAGGAGAAUUAGCGCCUCUUCCAGAACAGGCUCCGUCCAGUUAUGCACUCCCCUUUCUUCACUCCUGAGCCUCCAGAAGCUACGGCAACAGCACCCCCUGUGCCCAGGGUGGGGGUGGGGGGACCUCCGGGUUCCAGCCAGGCUCACCCGUCCAGUGGGCCAUGGAGCUCCAAGCAGCGGAUGGAGAGUAGCCUGCACGUCCCAACCUGCCCACCCAGUGCCUGGCUCCCCCUCCUUCCCAGCCCUGGAGAUAGCAGCCCCCCUGCUGCUGACAGCAGUGACAGCAUGAAGGCUCAGGGUCGGCUUCUGCUCUUCAUCCUGUGCUCCAUGGGCUUCUCUGCUGCCUGUAUCCUGCUAUGCUGCUGGGCCUGCCUGGCCUCCUGCCUGAGCCCCCACCUCUCCAACUCCAGGCCCCUGGCACCAGGGCCGCUGCACUUCAGUGGAUAUAGCAGAGUGCCAGAUGGGAAGCCACUGGUCCGAGGGCCAUACUGCGGUUGUGCCAUGGUGUCCACCUCCGGCCAGAUGCUAGGCUCAUACCUGGGCACCCAGAUCAACAGGGCUGAGUGCAUGCUGUGCAUGAACCAGGCGCCCACCGUGGACUGGCUCACUAUGAUCCUUGCCCUGGAGCUAUGCGAGGAGAUCGUGGUCUGUGGAAUGGUCAGCGACAGCGACUGCAGGGAGAAGAGCCACCUCUCGGUGCCUUACCACUACUUCGAGAAGGUGCUGGACAGAUGUCAGAUGUACCUGGCACACGAGCAGACACCCCGCAGUGCCCACCGCUUCACCACUGAGAAGGCCGUGUUCUCUGUGGGCCAAGAGGAGGCCCAUCGUUUCGCCUACUCGUCCUGGAGAACCCAGUAGCCCCACUGCCCAGCCAGCUGCAUUGCCUUCACCAGGCCUGCUUCCCAUUCACACUCAACCAACAUCAUUUAAUUUGUGGAUCCUGCCCCUGCCAUAUGCCAGGUGGACCGAGGGUUCUUUCCUGCCCUACCCUGGGGACACCUGGAGCCAUCUCAGGCCUUCGGACUUGAAGGGGGGAAGAGGGGACCAUGGUGACUUUUGUACCCCCCUCCCCAUCCCCGCUCCCUGACUAAUCUGAAUCUUAACUUUGGGGUUCAUCCCGCCUCAGGUUCUAUCCAGUGGCCUUUGCCUCCAGAGCUGAGGCCCCCCACUCACCAGCUUUGUGACCUUCGACCUUGUACCAGCCCUGGUCCUUCCUCUCUACACUCCCCCUCCACCCACCUUUGGUGCCACACUUCCCAGGCUGAUUGCCCUGGUCAAGGCAGUCCCGAGCUUGGGGUUUGGUUCACUGGGCGAAGGGGCCUUUGAACUGUGACAUGCCAGGGCCACCUCGAGUGUACAGGUAAACAUGUGUUUUCUGGAAAAUAAAUAAAUAAAAUAUCCA